AUGGUGUCCGCUGCCGCCAAACCACAACACAAGUUCGUCCUCGACUACUCGAAGCCUGCUGAAGAUAAGGUCUUCGAUGGUCAAGCGUUCGAACAAUACCUUGUAGAGCGCAUCAAGGUUGAGGGCAAGACUGGCCAGCUCGGCGACAACGUCAAGAUUGGUAGAUCAGGUGACAAGCUCAUCGUUACCAGCAACAUUCCUUUCUCAAAGCGCUACCUUAAGUACCUCACUAAGAAGUACCUCCGUAAGCAACAGCUUAAGGAGUGGCUUAGAGUUGUUGCUACCUCAAAGGACACCUACUCUCUCCGCUUCUACUCUGUCGACUUCCCUGGUGCGGAAGACGAGGAGGAGGAAGAUGAAGAGUAA